AUGGAGAUAGUUCAAGAAAUCGGCAAAGGAAGCUAUGCGACGGUUAGUUUGGUUAAACCCGUAAAACAUAAUUCUUGUUUUCCUUCUUUAAUGGCUAUGAAAUCUUGUGAGGAGAGCGAAUCCGCUUCGUUAGUGAAAGAGCGAACGUAUUUAGAUGAACUUAAGGAUUGCCCAGAUGUUAUCAAGUGUUAUGGUGAUAGUUACACAGUUGUUGAAAAGGAGGAAAAGUUGUAUAAUGUUUUUUUGGAGUAUGCUUCUUGUGGGUCAUUAUGCGAUAGAGUUAUGAAUUCGGAAAAUACAAGUUUGUCUGAAUCUGAAGUUAGACGGUAUACGAGGUCAAUAUUAAAAGGUGUCGAUUUUAUUCACAAGAAAGGGUUCGUGCAUUGUGAUAUGAAGCUUGAGAACAUUCUUUUGUUCUCCGGGGACAAGGUUAAGAUUGCGGAUUUUGGGUUAGCGAAAAAGAUAACUGAUGAGCCAAAGUCAAGGUUUAAACAUGAUAUACGGGGUAGCCCAUUGUAUAUGGCUCCUGAGAUGGUUAGUCGGGGCGAGCAAGGGCAAGCGGCUGAUAUUUGGGCUUUCGGGUGUUUGGUAUUGGAGAUGUUUACGAGAGAUACUGCUUGGACGUGUUCUGAUGUUGGUGCGUUGUUUAAGAAAAUUGGUGUUGGUGAAGAGAUCCCUCAUAUUCCUGAGACGUUAUCGGAUGAAGGAAGAGAUUUCUUGGAGAGAUGUUUUGUCAAGAAUUCGAGAGAAAGAUGGACUGCUGAGAUGCUAUUAGAUCACCCAUUUGUUAACUAUGAAGAUGAAUGCCUAUCAAGAUCUCCACGAAGCCCGUUUGAAUUUGGUGACUUAUUGGAUGCGCUUUCAGAGAUAUCAUCAGAAUCAGAAACAGAAUCAGAUUAA